UUCACUGUUGGGAAACAUCAACAUAGUAACCCGGGAAAGGCGACCUCAGAGGCGGGUAGCGACAUUUCUUUCUAGGAAUCUCACAGCUGACCUGGAUAUUUGGUUACCUGGACAAACACCGAGACAAUAACAAUGGGUGCAUGUCGCUAGAAAAAGUUGCUAGCUUAGUUGGCACAACUGCUAGCUAACAUUGGUUUGCUAACGUUAGCUGGCUAACGCUAACGUUAGCAAACAGACAGCUGAACCAAACUGAGGAAGAAGUCUGGAGAAGUUAGGUUUUUCUUAUAAUGAGGACAUCGGCAUGAAUGUGGACAUCUAGACACGUUGGAUCGUUUCCCUAAAGGUGAAUGAGAGAGAUGAGGAGUAGCAGGAGGACUGAGGCGUCUCUUAAAAGCUCUGCUCAGCAGCUUACAGAUCACAAUAUUGGCACAGAGCUGACAACUACAUGGAAAAGCUUGUCUCAGUCCAAAGCUGCUUUGCGGCAUAUAGAAAACCGUUUAGAGGCAGUUCCAGGGACAGGGGUUCUCCUGGACUCUGUCAUGGACCCUCCCAAGAAGAAAUCCUCCAAGACAGUGCGCUGCAGGGAUGGACAACAAGCUGACGACAGUGGAAGGCCUUCAAAACGCAGAGGCCGAAGUCAGCAGAGUCCAGAAAAGAGCAGCUCACGCAGCCCAUUAAGAAAUACCACCCAGGACAGCAACGUCCGUAGGAACAACAGCGUGGAGUUCAGGGAACCACUGGCCUCUUACAGAGAGGCCACCCCUCCACCACGUCCCUCCUCUCAGCUGGAGGCCUACAGCCUGCAGUCAGUGCCAGGGUCUUCAUACCCAUCCUCUCCACCUCCCUCAGAUCCGCUGCUCAGCCAGCUGGUCUACCAGAGAGACACCAGGGACAAACAGACGGACAGGGACCUGGACAGCACACACUCCUCGGCUCUGGAGAGCACCGAGGUUCGCUACCUCAAUGACCAGCCAGCCCUGGACACCCUGAGGACUGUUGAAAACCAGUCACAACUCACAGGUGUAAGAGUCCCUGCAUUGGAGCGGGCUGAGGAGGAAAGCUCUCCAAAAGCACAAGUUGGCAUGGAAGGCCAGGAGUCGAACCCAUGUCUAGCUACAACCCCAGGCUCCGUACGCAGAGGGGAGAGCACUCCUUCAACCAGCCCUGGCUCAGCUUCCCAGCGGUUGGAGAACCUAAGGCGUCAUCAGCCUGAUGAUAAGCUGGAGAAGCUCAAAGAGCGUAUUCGAAGGCAGAGACAACAUUUGGAGGAGGCUGCGGAGAGAGAGAAGCUGCUGGGUUUUCUGGAACAGCCCGUUAUGGCAGCUGUGGGAAAUAGCAAUUCUGGUACUAGCAACAUGCCCACAGCCAAAAUACGGAAAGUAGCAGCGGCACCGCCUGCACCAAUAUACAGAGGUUUUAACAGUACUGAGACAAAGAUCCGCACACCUGAUGGGAAAGUUUGGAAGGAGGAGGAGUUUCACAACCUCAGCAGGGAAAUAUACAGAGACCUGUCACGACAAUUUGCUGAGAGCACUAGAUCCAGACAUCAACAGCAGAGGGAACAGAGAGCAGACAGGUCCAGAGAGAGGAGGCCUCCCAAACCAGUUAGGAAGGUGCACAGAGCUGCCCCUUCCUCUGAACUAAAUGCAAAACCAGUGAUUAGCCCUGCAUCAUGGCGGGAGGGCCAAAAGCUGGUAAAGAUGGUACUGGGUCCAGUUCCCAAGGUGCCCAGGGAGGAGGACAGACCACAGACAGCUGACAGACUGAGCAGAACAGCUUCCCGCCACCGUUCCAGUUCACAACCACGCUCACAAUCAAACCCACAGCCUCGCCCUAGCAGCACAGAAAGACCUCAUAGUGGAUUUCAGUCCAAAAGCCACACCACAGCCACAUCCACACCCUCAUCUGCAGAUCGGGAGAAGGCCCCAGUGGGUGUUAGCACGGACCUGUUGUCAGCAGACAUCCAGGGGAUACUUGAUGACCUUGAACUGGAGUGCAAAUCAGUUGAGAGGGAGGAGAGAGCCAGGCAAAGAUCCCGGGGUGGGAGCAGUGGCAGGAGAGGGAGAGGGGGAUCGGGGUCAUGUACAAGGACUCCAGUCUCUGUUUGGGGAACUGCUGCGGCAACAGGUAGCUCCUCAAGAGGCUGCCGAAGCGCCAGCCCCACCACACACCGAUCAGAGGCUGCUGACACGGGGCACAAGAAGCGACACUAUGAUGCAGACACUGUUCGCCAGUACAUUUCUAGGCAACAAGAGGAGAGGAAGAGGCGUCAAGCAGAAGAGAAGAGGGCACUGAGGGAGGAGGCAGAGAGGAGAAAUCAAAGAUUGCAGGAGCUCUACAGGAAGCAAAGAGAAGUGGCUAAAGCAGCGGCCCUUCCCAGCGAGGCACCUGUGGCCCCAGUGCAAAAGAGACUACAGGAGACCUACAACAAACUGCUGCUGGAGGAGGCACAGCUGGGCGAGGAGGCCACACAAACGCAACCUACUGCUCCUGCUAUUCAAAUGAGGCCGAUGUACCAGCCCUCAGGAGAGUCGGACAAAGAGAACAAAAGACUGGAGGUACCACAGAGCCCCUCGAGCAGUGAUAGGUCUUUAAAUGAACAGCCACCUCCUCCUUUAUCCAGGAAUGAUCUGGAUGUUGGAGUUUCCUCUUUGCUUCAGCCUGACCGUCUGAGCCCAGCUGUUCGACCUGCGACUGGUCCGAGCAGCAGUGCGCUAGCCCCUUUUGGUGAUCGUCUCCUCUCUCAGCUUCUCAGGCUGGAGACUGCAGCAGCAACUAGUGAUGUCAAGCACACCCAGCGGCCAGCCACAUCACCUUGCAACAGGCCGAGGUCCAAGAUGUCCCGCAUUGAGGCCAUCAAGGCCACAGCCGUGUCCCUCUCCAACCGUAUAGAGAGUGAGGCAAGGAAGCUUGCUGGAGAGGGGAUCAACUUUGGUACAGAAACUUCAAUGGAUGUUGAUACUAUCAGGCCCUCUCAAGUUAAUCUUGAUGAUGGAUGCUGGGCAAAUGCAGCUGCCACAGAAAAUGAAGAUGUAGCGUUGAGGAUCCAGAGGAUUUUGACUAGCACAGGUCAUAGUUCAUACAAUGGCACAGCGCUUCCAGGAGUAGGCAAUCUACACGCCCUCAGGGGACAGAAAGAGAAGAAGAGUACACACUGCAAUUUUAACAAUCCACAAACAACUUCUGCUGAUGUAACAGGGCCCAUUCUCAACAGGAGGGGCCUCGUCAACGGCUUGGAAAAGGUAGAGAGAACAGAUAGAAUGGAACAAAGGAGAGGAUAUGGAUUGAUGGAGGACCAGGAUAAGAAUCGGACAGAUCUCCAUGACUCAAGUGCUGGUUCCAUCAGUGAGGGUCCUCUUCUGAGUGAAGGGAGUUUUUCUGAGGAUGAGGCCAUCCUGCCUCACCCCUCCAAGAAUCAUGUACCUAGACUGGCAGAUCGCCUGGAGGCAGUGGAAUACUGUGCAGGUCAAAGAAGGGAUUAUCAGCGCUUGUCAGAGUUCCAGAGGGAGGCAGCAAGGUGCUCGGCCCUCAGCUCACCUUUUGCACAGCAAGAUGGCAGCAAAGCAGCCUGGGAGGAGCUGAACAAAGGAAGCCCUCUAAGCGUAAUCAACAUUUUUACUAAGAACCUUCACGACCACGUUAAAGCGAGUGAGAGGAACUCUCCCUCGGGCCAUUCUUUGCACUCUGGAAAUGGCCCUGUAGACGCAGCCGUCUAUGAAGAUGACUUUGUGUCGUCACAUAGCAGCGGAGCCAGUAGCCAGUUAAAGAGAGGCACAAAUUCACGCAGUGUGAACAGUCACUUUGAGGAGCUGAUGAGAAGGUCUCCUUAUGACAAAAGCACAGGAGGCAUAAACUCCCACCAUUCAUCCUUUCACUCAUCUAUUCACUCACCUCAUCUUUCCUCUGGUUCAACAUCUGGCUCCUCACCCUUCUCCAAGCACUCUAGCAGAAGAAGAGGCACAGCAUCAGACCAGAGUGAUGCUACUCUGGUGGAAGAGCAAAGGAGCUCCUGCUCACCUCCCUCUGAGGAGUUAUCCUCUGACUCCAGGAAGAGAGCUUCAGACAAAAGCUCUGCCCACAGCCAGGCCAAGAGUGUCCACUCUAAUGACACCAUAGGGGAAACAUCAGGGCUUUCUCACCAAAGUUUGGGACUCGACAGUAAGAGGUCCUCAGCAGCCAGGCCCAAACAGUCUUCUCUGUCAGGCUCUCCAUACUCUGGUUCUCCUCCAGGAGCAGACUCUCCCAGUGAGCUGGUGAGAAGUGGCUCUCUGGGGGCAAAUAAUGGAAACCCAGGCACCACAGGUCACAGUGGUAGAGCAGAGACCAAGACCACAGGUGAACUACAGUAUUCACCUGCCGUGUUGCAGCAGCGCAUGGCAGCAGAGCUUCAGUACCUGGAGUCCAUCGAGGAGUCAGUCCGACAGCUGGGCGACGUGGAGAGGGUGAUGGGUGUGUCGAUGGCACAGCAGGAGAGUGUGUCAUUGGCCCAGAUGCUCAAGGCCAGGCAGCAGAGUCAUGCGCGUGAACUCUAUGAGCUGAAGAUCAAGGCUGAAAGGGAAGCACUGGAGGCACAGCUGCAGCUGGAGGAAAACAGGCAGAGAGUGGCCAGGGCUCAUUUAGAACUGCAGGAAAACUUGGCUGCAAAUCAAAAAGAGACCUUGGAGGGCCUCCAGGAGGCAACUACGAAGAUGAUGAGUCAACAGGCUGAGGCAGCACGGUACACAGCCGACACUGCCCGACACAUCAAGGAGAUGACAGAAUUGGCGCGGUCGCAGGUAGCAGGAGCUCUGGCUGUCCCUCGUGAUGUUUCCGAUUCCUCCAUGUUGGACGAGCGGGAAGAAGAGCAGAGCUCCUAUUCAGAGCAGCGACAGGAAAAAAAUGACUCUGACAGCUUCCCUAGUGAGGUGUCAAGCAGACGGACCAGGACAGAGGAACCGCUGUCUUCCCUGAACAGCCUCAGUCACUCUGACUCUCUGUCCUUCAGAAGACCCAACCUCAGUUGUGCAGACUCCAGCAGCCACCAUAGCCCGUCACAUGUCUCCUCAGACCGCAGAGAACGGGCGAAAAAAGAAACAGCAGAGGGGAAACGGAGGAAAGGUGGAGCUGAAGAGAGGACGGACAAGGAAGCAGGCACCAGCUCCAUAGAGGAGGAAGUUCUUACAGCAGCAAAUGAUUCCCUCUGCAGUGACAGCGUCCCCUCUGUAGUGGAUGAGAAAGGAGACAGUACGUCAGUGGCAACAGAGUAUUCCCUGAAGUUUGAUGAGUCCAUGACAGAGGAUGAGAUAGAAGAGCGCUCCUUCCGCUCUCUGCUGCCGUCUGAGGCGCACCGCCGUGGAACUAUGGAGAAGAAGUCCCGCCACCAUGAAGAAUCAGAGGAUGAUGGAGCCAGUCACACCAUGACAUCAGUUUCAGGGGCACACAGUAUCUUAAAGUCUCAGGAUGCAAACAUGGCCUUUUCUGGCGGACAGGACAGCUUUUCCCAGUUCACCAUGGACAUGGUGCGUCAGUACAUGAAGGACGAGGAGGUAAGACUGCAGCACCAGAGCUCUCUGCUGCAUCUUCGCCAGAAAGCCCUCAAAGAGAAGACCAGAACUGAGCUUGCCUGGCUUGAGCACCAGAAAAAGAAGCUGAGGGACAAGGGAGAGGAUGACAAAAUGCCACCCAUCAGGAAGAAGCAGAGGGGCCUUCUGAUGAAGUUGCAACAAGAACAGGCUGAGAUCAAACGACUUCAGGAGGCCAACAAAGCAGCCAGGAAGGAAAGGCAGCUGCUGCUGAAGCAGCAGGAGGAGAUUGAGCGGAUGAGAAACUCUACAUUAAGACUGAAGGAGCGUCUCAAGUGUGCCGGGGGUGAAGCGCCACCUGAAACCCCUGUGUCAGAAACCCCUGUGUCUGAGGCAGCCUCCCCAGACAUGAGACAUGCUGAAGAUAUUCGCAGCCCCUCUCCCUCACUCUCCAUCUCUGGAAGUGAGACCAGCAGCAUCAUGCAGAAGCUGAAGAAGAUGCGCUGUCACAUGGAUGAGAAACACUGUUCCCCUGUCCACUACUUCUUCUCUGUGUUCACGGCCCACCACUGGGCCUCCCUCAGUGUCUGUCUUCCCAACCUCCACCCUAAAUUCCAGCUCUUUAUCUACAACCAGUUGGUCAGGUUCCUGACAAAGCGGGAGCAGCAGCUGAUGCAGAGGCGUCACCAUGCCGAGGAGCUGCUGCAGUGGAAACAGCGUCUCGACCAGGAAGAGGCAGAGGUCCGUAGGAUGGAAAAAGAGGCCCUGGCUGUGUGGGACAGACAAACGCCUCGGGACGGGGCAGAGAGUCAGGAAAAGGAGAUCUCAGACAUUAGCCCCAGCCCCAGUCAUCACCGAAGCUCAGAGCCCAGAACCGACAGUGAGAAAGAGUAUGUGAGUGAAGGCGACUGUUCCUCAGUAACGCCUGAGUCCAGCAUACACACAGAGGGACUGGGGUCCCAGCAGCCAGGAAGCCCAUCUCCAGUACAACCUGCGUCAGUCCCUGAAACGCCUUUGGCCUCCGUGCAGAGCAGCCCUGCAAAUUACACCCAGGACUUUAUGUCAGCUUCCCAGUCACCUGGCAGACAAUCUCUCCAGUCUCCAUUCAAAGGCAGCCACAGCCCUGCUGCCUCUCCUUCGGAUGGCAGCAGCAAAACCAAGAUGCAGCUUCGGUCCUCCUCCCGGACCCCCAACCAGGCCCGCACUCAGCCAGCUGAAUCCCCCCUGCCCACGCAGACUGAACCCAUUUCAGACCAGAGUGACAUAGAGAGUCGAAUCAAGGCCCUGAAAGAAGAGCUCCGAAAACGAAAGUUUAUGGCCUACCAGCUGAAGAAAGAGCAGAAGAAGAGGCACAAAGAGCGCCUGAAGGCACAGGAGGCCAGUUUGCUGAAACAGUUGGAGAGCUACAACAACUUCAUCGAGAAAACAAAGGCAGAACUGAACAAGGAGCCAGACUCGACAUCUGAUACGAAGGUUCAGAAUAAAGAUUCCACCUCAAUCGCAGAGCAGUCCAGUAUUAAAACACCUGCUCACAGGUUAGAAACCAGCAAAAUCUCUGACUCUGAAAGGACACAAAUUGAUGCUUCAUUAGAUCACAAUGCCCGUCCUGAACCUGAUCUCAGUAGAUCCACCUCAGUGCCUGAAGAAUUGUCUGAUGAUGACCCACCAACAGUCACUCCAACCCCAGUACAUGGCAGCCCAGAGUGUCCACCCUCAGGACACAGGAGCCGCCUGUCCACAGAGGGUCUUGUAAGACCUUCCUCUAAGGAAGCCAAGGCACAGAUAAUCGAGUCUGGUGAUGAAAACGUUCCGUCUUAUCAAAAAUCUGACAUUCAAGAAGAGCUGGAGGUGAAAGUGAGCUCCACAUCUGAGGAUCGACAUUCUGAACAUCUUUUCAAAUUAGAAAAGGAAGACAGACUUGACUCCCAAGAGAAGCUGUCUACAUCUAAACAGGUUUCUUCUUCCAUGAGUGAAGAACAUCGAUACUCCCCAUCUGUCAGCUUAGAACAAGAUAAACAAAUUAAGACAAGGGAAAUAUCUGAAGCUGAGGAAGCUGCAAAAUCUAACAUCAUCUCCUCUAAUAAGUCACAAUCAGCUGCAAUGGACCUCAAAACAUCACAACAUUUAAGCUAUAGUGCUGCAUCCAGCGACCAUUCCUGCUCCCCUGACUCGGUUGCCUUCUCUUCAAAGAACGAGGCACCCGUAAAGGAUGUCGAGGCCUCCUCUCCUGUAGCAGAUGGCUAUCAUGAUGACUUUGAGUCUUCAGUGGAUUCUUCACCCAGGGAGGAGCGUCAGAGUUCCAAGCCUGUCUCUCACAUCUCAGUGUCCCCUACUGAGAUCAAGGGCUCGAGAAAGGACUCACCUAGCAGAGCCACACCGUACGACAGCCAGGAUGAGGAGGUAGAGGAGGAAAUAGCUGAAGAACUGAGUCAUCAUUCGGGGACUAGUGGAGCUAGCCACCAGUCUGGGAGACUGCUGGAUCUUCAUAACCACACAGAAGACUCCAAACAUGACGGCAAGGAUAUUGUUAAUUCCAGCCACUCACCGCCCAUCUCUCCUUUGCACACCCCUCUCUCUCCUGUUAAAGAUGAAAUGCCAAGUUUUACCAUCGGAGAUCGUGUUCUUGUCGGCGGUGUUCAGCCCGGUACUCUGAGAUUCAAAGGUCCAACCAGCUUUGCUAAUGGCUUCUGGGCUGGCGUUGAGUUGGAUAAGUCUGAGGGGAGCAACAACGGCACUUAUGAUGGGGUGGUUUACUUUGAGUGUGAUGAGAGUCAUGGAAUCUUUGCUCCUCCAGACAAGAUCACACACCUGCCAGACAAGUAUGAGAUCUACACAGACACCACGGAGGAUGAGGAUUCAUUCUUUGAUGGUCUGUCAGAUAAAGGUGGAGAUAAACAUAAUACAGAUGAGCACAAAUCCCAGAAACAAGGAAAUCUACAGAGUGAAAAUGAACAAACAUCUAAUAAGGUCUUUGGGCCUGGAGAUAAAAAGGCAACAGAUGAGUCUGCUCACAAGCCUGGAUUACACCUCAAUUCACAGCAUUACAAGGAGUCCAAGCAUCCCAUUUCUAAUGGCAACAUAAUAUUAGACUUUGAAGAUGCACCAACCACCCUCCUCAUCUCUGACUUGGACACGGUUGGCCUUGGGAAGCAGAGUCAGAAGGAGAUUACUACACUUGUUGAGAACGAAGAAGACUCACAACCCCAGCGUAGUCUUGCUGCUCUUUCCACAGGUAUCAGGGAUGUUAAGAAAGAACAGACGGACAAAGACUUACUAGACACAUUUGCAGACAAGCUCCUCAACAACUUUGUGAAAGACACUUUAAAGCAGUUUGUUGAAAUUAAAAAGGCUAAAGAGCAGAAGAUAGAAGCUGCCAACCAGAUGAAUGGAGACCUAUUUGGUGAAAAUGUUGAAGAAGAAGAAUGGUUCUCUUCGCAAAAAGAUGAUCUGCCCUUCUUCCUACCUGCGGAAAAAGAGGAGCUGUCUUCUCCAGAGCUGUGUAACCGACCGGAGAGUCCAGUACUCGGUGCCAGUGGUCAGGAGGAGCUCGCCAAGCGACUUGCAGAGCUGGAACUGAGCCGUGAACUGCUGGAUGAGUUAGGUGAUGAUCAGGACUGGUUUGAUGAGGACUUUGGCCUCAGCUCCCGUAGAGAACAACAGAGACUCAAACAGAAACAGAGAGAGGAAGAGGAGGAGGCGAGGCUGGGGAGGUCUAGCUCACCAGCUGGAGCAUCCCUGACGGGGCUGGUCCCGUCAUCAGGUGGGGAACCGCAGGUAAAAACUCCACCUAGACCUGAGCUGCCUCUCCCCCUGCCCCCCAAAUUACCUGAGCAGCCUGCAAUGGUGGUACCCCACUCAGCCGCAGAGGUGGAGAAAAUGGUUCAUGCUGCCACUCAGGAGAUCUGGGAGAACUACGGCCUUGGGAAAGAGGGAGCAGUGACCCUUGCACAACAGCCAAACCCCAAACCGUCACAAGAGUAUCUGGGUAAAGAGGCCAGCAGCCAGGACCCGGAGGCCCUCUGUGUCCGCAGCUACAGAAAGGCUGUGUAUGACCUGACGUGGGAGAUACUUCAGGAUAUCUAUGCUGAGGACCCCAAUGCCGAUCAGCCUCAGUGGGUCAAACCAAGACGAGUCAAGUCCUCCUCCUUCCACAGAGUAAAAACAACAGGAGACCUCUCCAAGAUCCAGGAACUGAUCUCAACAGAAGUACUGAAACUGUAUGGUCUGACAAAAGAUCACAGCCAGAAGACUGACUGGCAGAAGAUGCUUAAAUUUGGCAGAAAGAAGCGAGACAGAGUUGAUCACAUUCUGGUUCAGGAACUUCACGAGGAGGAAGCCCAGUGGGUCAACUAUGAUGAGGACGAGCUGUUUGUCAAGAUGCAGCUGGCAGACAGCAUAUUCGAUGCUCUGCUGAAGGACACUGCAAACGUGCUGACGCUAAUCUACGACAAGAGGGCCAAAAGAGAAAACACCCUCUCCUGACAGCUUUCCCGCUCAGAUUUUAACUACAACCUCUAGCUCAAUCCCAGUCUUUCUUCACCCCCAGUGAACUCCAGCCAACCUCCCGCCGCUUGGUCUUCCACCAGCUGAUGUGCCAACAGCAACCCUCAGAUGCCUUCAGUCCCAGCAUUACCUCUCAGCUGAACAACUCCUACUUAUCUCUGUGACAAUAAUUUGCUGAAUUUUGCUUCAGCUAACUGUAGUGGUUACAUAAUUUGUUCUACACACAAAAUGCCUCUUGAGCAACCCAGCCUUCUUAAACCUUAACACCACCUAGUCUCAGUUCUCACCUCCUGGACUGGUCCUUUUGUAAAUGCCAGUUGGAGAAUGAGUAGAUGUUUUCAUAGAAUGGACUGAGCCAUUUGUUCGCAUUUAAAGUCCAUCGAUGCUGCUAAGUUGAUCGUUCCAUGGGAGACUGUAAAAUAAAAUCCACCUGGAACAAAAGUAGGUUGUUAUAUUUGUAUUGAAUCUUAAAGUAAAUAUAUAUAUAUAUAUAUAUGGAUUCAAAGAUUAGAGUAGCAGAUAAAGAAUAUACAGUGUAGUCCAUAAGUGAUUUGACAGUGACACAUUAUUGUGUUGGCUUUGUAAUCCAGCUCAUUGACAUUAAACAGUGGCUAUGAAGUUAAACUUUUAGCUGUAAUUUGAGGGUUUUUACAUCCAUAUUAGGUGAUCAGUGAUCAGCUCCCACAUUUAAGUGGUGUAUAAGCAAGCUUUAAGUUAAUAUCAUAAUGCAUUAUUGCAGCAAUCUUCACAUCUUGGUUGUUUCUGAGACUUUUUGCCUGAAGUCUGGUCUUCAGCAAGUACAACAUAUGCUCAGUUGGACGCCAGUCACUGUUUGGCCCUAAAUACUUCUUGUUUGCUUUGGCGUCAUGUCCUGUUGCAUUGGCUCUUAAUUGGGAGACUAUGUUUACAAAAAAGCUGAGAGUCUAACUUUAUAACCAUUGUUGAAUUUCUAACUCAGUGUGCCGGAGGAGAGCUAAAACGGUUUCAGUUCGUCACUGAUCGAAUAUUGUGAGACUAUGCUGCAUUGGAGUGUCACUGAGAUCAGAUAUUGUGUGGGGGAAAAAAAUAUUUGCCUCCAUAAUUAUAUUAUUUAUUGCGUGAAAACGUUUGAUUAGAGGAGUAAGGAACAUUUUGAACUGUAAAUGAUCUUGAGAACAGAUUUUAACAUCUAAUGAAAACUGUACAAAAAGCACAAACAGAAAUGUGAAUGUGAACAUGGCAAUAUAUUAUGUAGGAGGUUUUAAAGAAUGCUAUUGAAACCAGAAAAAGAACAUGGGGAGAAAAAAAACUGUUUUAAUAUUUAAAUGUCGUAGUGUUAAUGAUUAAUUAGAAGUGUUCUGUAUGACUUUUAUCGAGGCCACAGCUGUCCAAGUGGUCGACACAAUCACUGUGUCCCACUUUCAUACUACACAUACACUGUGUCUUUAUGUUAACAGGUUGAAAACAUCUUAAACAACCAGCAAAGAAAAUGCUUCAAAGCUUUUGCGCCCCAUUUAACAAUGUUUAUGAGUUAGCAUUUGGAGACAAACCCAAAAGUAAUUUUAAUAUACAUGCUGGUAUUUUCAUAUUUCAUUUGGUCUUUUUUGUGUGUGUAACACUACAUACUUAAACAAAAAAAAAACAACAGAGUAUAUAGUAUGCAAGUGGGACACAGAAGACUGGCAGUAGGCCUGACUUUAUAUAUUUUAGACUUACAUCAUAGGACAGAACUGAAAUGCUGGAUUUGAGCCUUACUUUUCCUACAGUCCAUUUACUUUCUCUGACCUGAGAAAACACCUGUGGUUGUCUUGUUUCUUCAUCCCCCGCCCUUGCAAAGGAAGCCAGCUGAACAUUUGCCCAAAAACUAUUGAGUCGUGUAGCAGCAUGGUUCUGUGCUCCACUUGCCGCUGUGACAGAUUUGGCUUUACAGCGAUCAGCAAGUUCAAACCAGCCAUCAGAAUGUAGCCUGGCUAUGUAGUCAGACAACAGAGGUAGUCUUUUUCAACAUUCAGUUUAAGUGCCUGUUUAAGUUGGUUUAUAACAAACUUUGUUGAUGUCUCAACAUCCUUUUGGACCUAUUUUCUUUGAAUGUCUCUUUCAACUGCUGUAUACUACGGUUUUGUAAAUGAUCCUUAAAUGGCCGCUCUUCCUUCUCACCGGUUUGCCAAUACUUAAGUUUCUGCCUUAUCAAUCUUUAUGUAUUGAAGCAUAGAUGAGGAAGCAUUUUCUAUGCCUCAAAGGAAAUGUCUAUGCUGACUCACUCUUAAGGUUUCCUGCUUCUUACCCGUGUCACCCCAGCAUCUGUGCAUAUAGACACAGUUGAAUCAUUUUAUUGAUAAACUGUAUCAGGAACUAGAUUGUUGACACUCCACACGCACACACACAGUGUGAGUCAUAGAGGUGAUGAGACUGAGCACGUAGGACUGUGUCCAAGGGCUUGUUUUAGUCCUCACUGUCGGCGCUGCUUUGAUCCAACAAACUGUGUACAGACUCAUUGUGGCAUGAGUGACAGAGCUUGUUAAUCUUUACUGACUGUUUGGAGCUAAAGUGACCUUAAACUGAGACUUUUUUUUUUCUACUGUCAGUGUUUUAGGAGUUGCUAAUGUGUAUGUUCAAAAUGUAAGUUAUAUAAUGUAGAAAAAGACCAAAAACAUUUGACACCAAUCUCUCCAUGCUGUAUGACUUGUAUGUCUGGUCUGUAGGCAUAUGUAACUGUAAUGGUGACAUGAUUCGUACUUUAGAAACUCUUUCUCUCUUUCUGUAAGGCUUUAUCUCAAACCCUGUAGGAUUGUCCUCUUGAUUUGAUUGUAUGUGGGGAGAGUUAAGUUCCCCUCUGUAACUAUGCAGUACUUGGUCUUAUGCAUUGCUCUCCAUGUGUGGACCAAAUAGCUUAGACUUCUGCUGUAGUGUGUAGAUAAAUUAAUCGUCAAGAAGCUUGAAGCUGUUUGGUGUAGGGCAGAGUUGCUUCUAUCUGCUGGUCCGAGGUGGAUAGAGCAACUUUACCUUCUAAUCGAGUUUGAUCUGAAUAACUGAAUUAAAAAGUAGGCACAAAAGAUUUGAUCAUCAAAUUAACCCAGUCAGAGUAGAUUCAUCUUUUUGAAAUGUUUAUGAAUAUUUAUAAUAAUAAUGUGUUAUAAGUGUGUGCCAAGUGCACUUGGAGACUUGUACAAUUCUUUUAAGGUUGUAAAUAUACUGUCUAUCCGAUCUGACCCACUGUUACUGUAACCUGAACGAUUGUUGUAAGAUAAACACUGUUUACUUUGCAAAUAUGUGCAAAAUAUAUAUUUGUUAACUAAAUGAACUUUGAAAUUGUAAAUAAAGCUUUCAUUGUUUCUAAAGCAA